AUGAGGCAUAUUCAAGCCUACUUGGAGGAUGCUGAAGCCAAACAAGGGGGAAGCAGAGGAGUGGCCAACUUGGUGAUUGAUAUUCAAGAUCUUGCUUGUGAUGUGGAAGACAUUAUGCAGAAAUACUUCCCCCGGAUAGCAUCACACAGAGAGAAGGGGUUUUUGGGUUGUCUCAAGAGUGCCACUUGUAUCGUCUGCUAUGGUUAUGAUGCUCGUAACUUUGCUGUGGAGAUUGAAGGGAUCAAAAGAAGAGUUGAGGAUAUCAAUCGUGAGUUAAUAGUUGAGGAAGGAGGAAUGCUACGACUUAAGGAACUUGGCAUCGUUUUGUGCAAUCCAAUAACAACGAUUCCAGAUAGAAUCAAAAACAUAAUGAAGAUAGAUAACUGGUGA